GCUAAAACCUGCGUAAGUGCAACGACUGCUUGCCGUUCGCACACCCAGUGACUCUCCACCACACGACGCCGAACGAUGCCACGAGAAAGCUUCACACCAGACGACGUGUUGGAAUUGGAAGCGCCGACAAAGUCGUUCCUGUGCCCCAUGAGCGCCAACGUGUACGGCAUCGACUUUCUCAAGUUUCAGAUCAGCGAUUACGAAAGCAAGCGAAAGAUUUUUCAAGUGGGUCGGGACUGCCCAAAUUCCCGCGCCGCGCCCAAAGUGGACUACUCGCAACCGCUCGACGAAGAUUCGUUCCGCAAAAUCCGCUACGAGUUUUCGGAAGACGUCCUGCGAUUGCCAGCGAUCAUGACAUCGCUCGAGUUUAGCGUAGGGGCAAAGGAAGUGCAUGGAUUUCGCAUGAUCGAACGGCACUACUUUCGGGAUGAGCUGGUCAAGUCGUACGACUUUACUUUUGGAUUUUGCAUCCCGAGCAGCACCAACACGUGGGAUGCUAUCUAUUCGGUCCCAGCCCUUGACGAAGAGCUCAUCCAAGACAUGGUGGCGAACCCGUACGCGACCGUGUCAGACAGCUUUUACUUUGUCGGCGACGAGCUCAUCAUGCAUAACAAGGCCGAGUACAAAUACAUCCUCGAAGACCGCGCGCAGUCGAAGCGAUCGUACUACGACAGCGACGACGAAGGCGACGCAAAAGGUAGCAAGGGUGUCGGGGCGGCGGGCGCCAAAGAAAGCAAGGAGUCCAAGGAUGCCAAAUGGUCCAAAGAAGACGACUACGAUGAAUAACGAUUCACCAUUAUCGAUAGCUGCUGCUUUGUCUUCCUGCUCCAACUCGUACGACACCAUCCGAAUGUGUUUAUAACUUUGCUAAAUAGCCGUCACAUUUCGUGGGCACACGAGAAAUGCAUCGUGUUUUGACAAGAUGUCAUGUGCUCUGCCGAAUUCAAGGUGGAGUAAUGAUCUUGGUAGGGAAUACACGACUUAUUGUACACCGUUUCGAACUGCUCAAUUCAUUGUGGUGGCACUUUCGUCGAUCAAAGCGACGUCCAUCUGACAAUGCAAACAGAGACAAUCGAGGCCAAAUCGGUCUCGAAGCGACGCCCGUUUCGCAAUGCGGCUUUCGAUUGUCGCGCAUUCUUCGUCGGGAGUGUCCGCGCCGUCGUAGAAUGUACAGAUCUCUUCGCCAACUUGAAUGUCCCGCCUUGCAUACAGUUUGCGAUAUGGUCCUGCUUCGCGCUUGACCCAUGCGUUGGGAAUGCACGAGUGAUUCAGAAUCGACAGAAUCGGUCCAUGCACUGCAACUGUUUCCGAUGCAUUUGAUGCUGUGAGCGUAUACCCGAAUUGACUCAGUCGGUUUUGUCGAGCAAGCUCCUUGAACGUGACAAACUGAGCCUUUUCCAUCACGAUGAGUUCUCCUCGAUGAAAUGCCUUUGUGGCAAACAAACCGUUGCCGCAUCGUUCUGUCUUGCGCAUGUCAACGCAGGGAUUUGCCACAGCGACACACACAGGUUUGUGUGCUUUCCAUACAUGACGCUGGCACGCGGCGUUGCAGAAGUAAGCAAGUUUGCACUGGCCGCAAAGAAGAAGCUUGGAGCAUUGCCGGUGGCACGCAGCGCACGUCUGGAGUGACCUCGUGGAAUCGCCCAUGAAAUCACACCAUUUCAC